AUGGCACGAGGACUUCGCGGCCUCCGCGGCACAGCCCUCAACUUCGCCAUCGCCGUCAUCGCCGGUACCGCAUUCUGGCUAUUCGGUUACGACAUGGGUGUCAUGGGCGGUAUUAUCACCGAACAACCCUUCCUCUCCGUCCUCCCCGAAAUGAAAGACCCCAACAUCCUCGGUAUCGUCAUCGCGUCCUUCGAAUUGGGAUGCCUGGUCGGUGCGCUCGCAUGUCUCGAAGUCGGUGAUCGUUUGGGUAGACGCAAGACAGUGGUGAUGGGUAUGGCGCUCAUUGCGAUUGGUGGUGCCAUGCAGGCUGGUGCGAACGGCAUUGCGUUGUUUACUGCGGGACGAGUUGUCGCUGGUCUCGGUAUGGGAUUCGAUGUCGCAACUGUCCCCACUUGGCAAGCAGAGUGCUCCAAAUCCCACAACAGAGGUUGGCUCGUAAUGAUUGAGGGAGCUAUGUGCACAAUCGGUGUCGCUUGUUCCCUCUGGGUCGGCUACGGCGCCUACUUCCUCCAGCCCUCCCAGGCUGCCUGGAGACUCCCCGUCGCGAUUCAGUGUAUCCCCGCUGUCACCGUUUUCGUCUGCAUUAUGUUCCUCCCCGAGUCUCCCCGCUGGCUCAUCAAACACGGCCACAUUGAGGAGGCUACCGAGAUUCUUUCCCGCCUCGUCGACAAGCCCAUUGACCAUCCCGACGUCGUCGAAGAGCGCGACCAGAUCGUUGCUACCUUCGAGGCUCAGAAGGGAGAAAAGCCCUUCUCUUACCGCGAGCUUCUCGAAGGCGGAAAGACUCAAACCUUCCGUCGUGUCGCCCUCGGCUUCUUCAUCCAGUCAGCACAGCAGUUGUCCGGCAUCAACAUGGUCUCCACCUACGCCAACAAAAUCAUCACCGACUCCUUCGGCCUUCCCUCCGAGAUGUCCCACCUCCUCGCCGCAGCCGGAGGAACCGAAUAUGCAAUCUGCUCCUGUAUCUCCGCCUUCCUCGUUGAGUACUUCGGUCGUCGUCGUAUGUUCAUGUGGACUGCCGCUGGAAUGGCCGCUUCGUUCUGCAUCAUCCCCGCGCUCCUCUCCACCGGGUCUCGUACGAAUCAACUCGUCGGUGCCGGAUUCUUGUUUGUCUUCAACACUUUCUUCGGACUUUGCUGGGUUGGUGGACCCUUCCUCUACUCCGCCGAAAUUGCUCCACUCCGCGUCCGUUCCCAGGCUAACGCCAUCGCCUCUGCCGGAAACUGGAUCUUUUGUUUCAUCGUCGUGAUGAUUAUCCCCCCCGCCUUCGCCAACAUCGGAUACCACACUUACAUCAUCUUCGCCAUUAUCAACGCUUCCUUCAUCCCGGUCAUCUACUUCUACCUCCCCGAGACUAAGGGCAGGAGUUUGGAGGAGAUGGACGUCAUUUUCGCGGCGGGUGGCAAUCCGGUCAAGGUUGAGAGGAGCAUGCCGAAGGGUUUGUCUGCCCAUGAGGCGAGAGUUGCUCUCGGGCUUGACGCAGAGUUGAGUACGAGCCCCUUGCCGGAGCAUAAGAUGGAGGAUAUGAAGGGUGAGACGGUGUACAUUGAGAGGGUAUAG